AGAGAAAGAUAAAGUGAGAAAGCGUCUUGGCUCCCGUCGUCGUCGGCGGAUGGAGCGCUGAUUAAAAGGCAACGCUUGCCCUCCCCCGAUCAACGUCUCGCCUCUUGGUUAUUAUUCGUGUGUAUAUUUUGCGGACAGAAGCAGCCUCCUCGCGUUUAUUUCAACGUUUGGCUGCUCGUUCAUUUGUGUAUAUGCAAUGGCAAGAAUGAAAAAGUGGUAGUUAGAGGCUAUGGCCGAUGCUCGGCCGCAGCCCGAAUGUUAGUGCGUCGAAUUUUUCGUGAACGUGUCUCCUCGUGUUCGUGGAGCGGCUUCGCCGCUGCCGUCCGGUUAUGCAAUAUCCCUCUCACAUUCGUAUGUUAACGGGUCGCAAAGGAUCUAUCGCCGCGAAUUUCCCGGAGCAUAACCUAUAUAAUUAUAACCUUACAUGUCAACAGAACGGAACUUGAUUGCUCUAGAUUAACUGAAGUGGUGUCGGUGAUAAAGUAGCAAAAGAAAUAUUGACAAUGGAUGAUAAUGGUGAUUUAACCCUACAAUGGGUAGAGGAGGUAGGCAACGUUAUUCACGAAGAAGUAAUAUGUGGCCUAGAAGCAGAAUUAGACGCUCCUGUGGAGGAGGUGGUAGGAGCAUGCGAAGAAGUAACUGUAGAAGAAACAGUGGAAUCUGUUGUAGAGGAUUCUACUCCUAUAGCAGAUACAGAGAUCUUAAUGGUUCCUCAGACAAGCGAUAUGGAAUCGAUUUAUAUUGUUCCACAAGAUCAGGGUCAUGAUUAUCUUAAUAUCCAAGUUACUGAAGAAGUAAUCACUGAUAAUUGGGAUAGAUCCGGUCCGGACGAUGGAAUGGAAGUGCCGGAAACAAAAGUUUCACAUGAUAAUUUAUUAGAAUAUGAUGAUAUGGAAAUACCUUUGCCAAUUGAUCAAGAUUCUUAUACUAAUACACGACCUUAUCCAUGUGAUUUUUGUAGUAAAAGAUUUAGAAAAAAAGCAAACCUUAUGAAUCACAUGGUGACGCAUCAAACAGAACGUCCUCAUGGUUGUAAUUUAUGUGGUGCUCGUUAUGUAAGAAAGUCCGAUUUAAUGAAUCAUUUAAAAAUUCAUGCAUAUGCUCCAUCUCGAGAUGGUUUGGAAGAUGAUCUUGAAGAUCCGUUAGCUACAGAAGAAGAAGAAAAUCAUCCCAUAAAAGGUCGUCGGAAGAGAAUACAAACAAAUGUUCCUAGGAAGCGUAAAGCUCCUCCUGGAGCAAAUAAGCGCAUUAUUGAUGAUGGACCAAAACUAGAUAUGAGCAAGUGGACAGAUCAAUUAACAAGCAAUGAGCAACAGGUGUCUCGUUGGCCAAUUACCGAUACUACAAAACCAUACGUUUGCCAAUUUUGUGGAGUUGGUUUUGCAAGGGAAAAAGCUUUAGCAUCGCAUUCUCGUAUUCAUGGUGGAGAUAGUCCAUUUGAAUGCACAUCGUGUGGUGAAAUGUUUUGGGAUAUUAAUACGCUUCAAGAACAUAUGAGAAUUAAACAUGGAAUUGGCAUUGUCCAAUCUGAUCAAGAUGAAAUAGAAAAUGAGUCUACAUACGCAGGCGACGAAAGGUUUGGUGAAUUUUUCUGUGACACAUGUGGCGUUCCCUUCCACAGAUUAGAUCUUUUAAAACGACAUAGAAAGAUUCAUAUAAAGCAAGAAAUAGAUACACUGGAAGGCUCCAGUCAACAUCACGUUUGUAAUGUUUGCGGUGAAUGGUUUGAAGAAGCAUUAGCGUUGUUAGCGCACGCUGAACUACACGCUAGUAGGUCGCCUAGUCGCAGGUGUUUAUUGUGUGGCGAAAAAUGCCGCGACGACGCUGAACUUGCAGAGCACGUUCGGGAAAUGCACGCGGAAGAUGCACCGCCUAAUACAUGCGUUCUAUGUGGAAAAACUUGUAAAGAUAAACGAAGUUUAUUAAAACACUCAUGGAUACAUAGCACUGAUAAGACAUUUGGUUGCACGAAAUGUGGAAAACGUUUUCACAGUAAAGCUAGGUUGCGAAGGCAUAUGGUCUCGCAUCGUAAUAAAAUGGUUGCCUGCGACGAGUGUGGAGAGGAAUUUCCUGAUGGUCGAGCUUUGGUCAGUCAUCGUCACUCGCACAAUAAAGAUUUGGGUGGACGCACGUUUCCUUGUAGAGAGUGCGGUAAAACAUUUGGUAGUCGCAGCUCGCAACAGAUACAUAUCCGAAUACACACCGGUGAGAGGCCUUACGGUUGUCGGUUUUGCUGGAAGGCAUUCGCCGAUGGCGGUACCCUCAGGAAGCACGAGAGGAUACACACGGGAGAGAAACCAUAUGGUUGUGCCAUAUGUCCGCGUGCUUUCAAUCAGAGAGUUGUGCUGAGGGAGCACGUGAGGGCACACCAUUCGGGCCCCGAUCCUAAAUGCCACAACAGUUUGACGCCGUACAUGUGCAAGGUUUGUGGCGACACGCUGCCCACGUCGGAUGAACUCGUCGCUCACAUAGUCGCGCAUUGCGACGAGAACACAGCCAUGCGUAGGCAGCCACAGUCCGGACCGCGUAAGUACAAGCGUCGGCGCAAGCUCAAGCACGAGGGUUCGUCGUUUGGCUCACGCGUGAGCGAGUCCUUCGACAUGCUCGACGGGCCAUCGGACUCUGACGAAAACACGAAGCGCAAGCUUGGCAAGAAGACCAAACAGCACCGCAGUAAUGUCGAAGAGAGCUAUCAGAAUGUUCUCAAAAGUUUCGAGAGCUCCCUGCAGAAUAUAAAUUCUAUUGUGAGCAACUCUAAAACGUACCCGACCAAGACGAAAACCCCCAAGAAGAAGGUGAAGAAGGACGAGAAGAAGAUUGGAACCCCAGCCGCGGUGAGUAACGCCGAGGUACCAGCGGCCAAUCACCCAGGCAGACCAAAGAUGAUUCACACGCAGAAGACGCGCGUCCCGGUGGAAAUUGGCACCGAUGGGGUGAAAAAAGGACAGAAGACGAAGACCAUGGUAACGCGAACGCCCAAAGUCAUACCGAGCGAGCAACAGAAGACGCCCGGUCAGUUGCCAAGCGGAGAGAGAAAUCGUCCGCGCACGAAGAAUGUGAGCUACCAUGUGGAAGGCAGGCAGCAGCUCGCACCGGCGACUUUCCCAAAGCCAAGAGACGGUGAAAUCGUAGAGGCUGAGACCUCGACAGAUGUUGAUACGGUCAAUAUUAAGGUCGAGCCCGGGCUGCAAAAGCUUAAUGCAAAUCAAAAUCAUGCGACCAAUAACAAUGGCAAUAUAAUCGAGUUUAAGCAGGAAAAAAUCGAUAAGAUGGAGAAGCCAACGGUAAAGAGGCGCGUGGCCAUGAAGAGGACGAAGCGGAGACAGACAACGGGGGCAAGACGACUGAAGGAGAAGACAGCCCAGAUCGUGGUGCCGGACCUACCAAAUAACAAUAAUGUGACCGUCGAAGAGGAUGAGACGUUGGAGGAAGACACCGGGGCGAUGGUCGUAGAGGAGGAAGUACAGCCGACUCAACUGUUCGAAUCCGUGGUCGACGGCAAUAACCUCGAGGUUGCCUUUGAGGCUAACGUGGUCUCCGAGCAGGACAUAAUCCAAGAGUCGAUACUUCCCGAUCUGGACAAGGUGAAUCACGUGGAGGAGAUAGGCGCGAGCCCCGGGAGCGUCAAGCUGAGCGUGAAGGUCGAAGCGACGUCGGACGGCAUACUCGAUGUGCAUAGCCUGAUAGGCUCGGUCGAAGAGUCCGUGCCGGAGACCAUUAUACCGGACACGAUCGAGUACACCUGUGAGAUGUGUGCCGCCGUAUUCUCGACGCGCGCUGAACUUCUCGUCCACGUACCCAUACACAUUUGAUUCCGCUCGACGGCUACUUGGACCAAGCGAGUCUCGAGGUUUGUUCUACUUUAAGGAAAGUACAGUUCAUAUCCGCCACCCGAUUCCCCUCACAU